AUGUUAUUGAUGAUUUUAUUUGCUUCAGCUGUCAUGGGAUGCAAAGACUUGAUGGCAGAUUGCGAACUGCAUUUGGACAAAUGUGGCAACUGGUACAUCCAGACUUACCAGUGUCCGCUCUCUUGUAGAACAUGCGAGGUGCAAGAAGAUCCACUGUCACCAGAUUGGGUUGUUGUUGCUCCAGAAAUUCCAGAGACAACAACAACUAAAGCCGCUCAAACGACUGCUUCUUCUACAACGACGACCACAACAACUCAAUCGCACAUAAGUUGCGCUGACAAUCCCUGUGAUUCCCAAGGAGUGUCCACCUGUCGCGAUUUGGAUGAAGCACCAUUUUAUCAAUGUGAAUGCUUUGCCAAUUAUGAAGGUUAUCGUUGUGAAAUUGAAAACUGUCGAUGUGGAAACGGAGGAAUCUGCAGUUACUGCUCCACUGAGAGAUGCUUCUGCAGCUGUCCUCCGGGAUGGACUGGCGCUUACUGCGACGUUCGAGUCCAAGAAGAGACGACGACUAAACUGCCAACAACAACGACUACUCUUACUCCCUAUCGAACAAGUCUACGUGCUCCAUAUCCAGACUACGACACAGCGGCCGAUAUAGACGAUUCUGAUGAUUCUGGAUUGAUGACUUACAUUUACGAAUACGUAACAUACGACUCGGCAGAGAAAGACGCCGAAGAAAAGCCAGUGGAAGAGAAGAAGAAAGAGGCUAGAAAUCCACUUUCUUUCUAUUUCUGGUACAAAAUUCUUUCAAAACUGCAAGGAUAA